CCUCUUCCUCAGCUCCUCUCCGUAACCUUCCAAAAAGUCUCUCCUCUCCUUUCUCCCGUUCCUCUCUCCCAACCCUUUCUUUCCUGGCGGCGACGACUGGACGACCGGCGGCGACUGGGCGAGCGGCGCCAUCCUACGCCAGGCCUUCGUCGGACCCGUCGCCGGCGACGAGUACCAACUAGGCUGAUUUGGUCGUCUUGAUUUCGUGGAAGUGAUCUGGCAACGGGGGGCUCCUUGUUGAGCAGACCGGAUCAUGCUUCUUGCAGUGUAAAAGCUUGGAUCUCCUAGGUGUGCCUUGGAGCGGAGAGGAUCGUGUGUUCUUACUCCUUGCUGCGACUAUCAUGCAGAGUGGGGGUGACAUGAGACCUGUGCACAACAGCGUUGACACAGUGAAUGCAGCGGCUGCAGCCAUUGUCACAGCGGAGAGCCGCACACAAGCUCCCCCAGAGCCGCGAAGGAAAUGGGCUGACCGUCUGAGCGUGUACUUCUGCUUUGGGUCUCAGAAGAAUGGUCGGCGCAUCAACCACGCUGCACUUGUCCCGGAACCCACAUCUCAAAGGACAGAUGCACCUGCAGUAGAAAUUCCUGACCACCCACCGCCUCCUGUAUUCCCAUUUGUCGCACCUCCGUCCUCUCCAGCUUCCUUCCUCCAAUCAGAACCCACAUCUAUUGUACAAUCGCCAAGGAUCGGCGCUCCACCAUUUUCACCCCUCUCGCCAAACUCCCCAUCCCCCACAGGGCCACCAUCCAUCUUUGCUAUUGGGCCAUAUGCACAUGAGACACAGCUAGUCUCACCUCCAGUGUUCUCAGCCUUCACAACUGAACCAUCAACUGCUCCUUUCACUCCUCCACCGGAGUCUGUCCAUUUGACAACCCCUUCUUCUCCAGAGGUCCCAUAUGCAAAGCUUCUGACUUCGAUCAACAACAGCAAGAAUGGUGAAACAGGGGAUCUUCAGUCAUAUCCGAAUUACCCAGACAGCCCAAUAGCGCGCCUGAUAUCUCCAAGCUCAGGUUGUUCUGGCACUUCCUCCCCAUUCCCUGACCCGGAGAUGCUGGCUUCCUCACGCUACACAUUCCCCUCGUUCCCAGUUCGUGAGCCACCAAAGAUAUUGGAUGGAGAGGGUGUUGCAACACAGAAGUUGAUACCUCGCCAUAUGCGCAAUGGCGGUUCCAUUUUGGAUGGCCACAUUGCAGCCGCUGUUCCGGUUGCAGACUUCUCUGCCCGCCUUCAGCCCAACGAUCAUGCUAUGGAUCACCGGGUAUCAUUUGAGUUGACCGUGGAAGACGUGGCGCGCUGCCUAGAGAAGAAAACUGCUAUUUCUGGGGAUUCUGCGACAGCUUCUUUUCAUCUUGCACCCACCAGCAGUGGUGACCACAAGAGGGAGUCUAACGAUACAAGGGCGGGGCUAUACGUUGAUGAGACAUACCAUGACCUGCCUGAGAAAGCAAGGCGGUCCCUGUCCCUUCGCCUGGCCAAGGAGUUCAACUUCAACAACGUUGAUGCUGCCAAUGUGGAGCCAAGCGUGGGGUCUGACUGGUGGGCGAACGAGAAGGUUGCCGGGAUCACUUCGGAGCCGGAGAAAGGAUGGUCCUUCCACCCGGUGGCUGCGCCGGGGGUCAGCUAGCCUUUGCACACUGACCAUGAUCUCUCAGGAUGAUGAAGGAACGAGCUUCCGCUUCUUUUGCUGCUGCUUCGGUGCGUGAUGUUCGCAGAUAUUGCUGUGGGGUAUGCUAAACUUGCAGUUAGUGAUAAUCCAAAGUUAGAUAGUGAUUCGAAGUGAAGCUAAUUAAUACCAUGGUGAGAUAGUAAAGGAUUCUGGAGUCUCUGGUUAUUAUGUGGAACCGCAAAACUUGCGUCCUGUCUGUGUCUGUAUCCCGUGUACUGACUUGGUGUCCUGCUGAUACUGUUUGUGUCUGUACAUAAUAAGCUGCUGUAGUCGAAAAGGGUACAACUCCUUGGUUUGGUCAAGUGUUGCGUUGGUGGCGGAUGCUGUAUGUAUGUAAUCGACCAAUUUACCCUCCGUGCUGCGUCUCCAUAUUUCUUCGUCA